AUAUAUUUAUAUAUUUUAACUCACGAAAAUAUUUAUUUUCCAUAUUAAUGAGAUUUAUAUCAUUAAUAUUAUUAUUAUCAUUAUUAUUAUCAUACAAGUGUUGAUAAUGAUAAUAAUCGUAACUCUUUAAACGUUUUCGGAUUAUAUUAUCACCAUCAUCGACAUCACCAAAAUAGCCACCGUCACCACCGUCGCCGAGUUGUCGUCGUCGCCGUCAUCAUCAUCGUGAAUAUUACUACUUUCCUUCUCUACUAUCUCCUAAUUACCACUACUACAACUACUAAUACAACUACUGUUAUUUCUACUACAAAUACCACCACUAUUAAUAUUUCUCUUCUUCUUGACCAACAUCCUGAUUAUCAAUAUUAAAUUUAAUAUUAAUAAUACAUCGAUUUCUAUAUAUCAAUGACUGUUAUUACUGCAGCUGGCCACUACAAUGAAUUUGGAGAAAACUUGAAUGCCCUGUUGUCUUUAGUGAAAUGCAUUCAAACCUUCCACUUUUCUUCAAUCGUACUCCUCUACUCCACAUUCCUCCUUUCCGUCGCCUCCUCCAUUUACUUAGCCCUUUCCGCCAACAAAAUUUACGUGGUGUUAUCCCUGUCGUCUGCUCUUUCCAGACUCAAUUCCCCUUCAAUUUCUCUUGAAUUUUUCAGACACUACAUCUCACAAAAUCAUUUUUUUACAUUCUGUAUUACUUCUAUUCCGCUAUUAAGCUCAUGUUUUCUAUUUUCCAGGCAUCACAAAUUCAAACAAAAUCAUUUCGUCUCUUCCGUUUCUAUCGCUUCUUUCUUCCCACUUUUCUUCAUCUCUUCUUUUAUUUUAUUUGUCUUCGUCUUCAGUAAUUUUAACUUCCUCAAAACUACCACUACAUCUGUCACCAAUGCUAACAGCAUCACCAUCAUCCUUAUCAUUAAUAUCAUCAACUUACUCAUAGCCAUUUCCAACUACAACAAAAACAGCAACCCAGUCUGUAGCUUUUUCACCUACCUCUUUACAACUAAAUCCAUCAUAUUCCACUAUUUGUUGUUUUUCUUGUUAUCGCUGUUCUUGUUAAGCGGUAGAAAUUUCUGCACGAAAUUUCCACAUUUUUCGUUACUAACUGAUUAUUGUAAACCAUCGUCUGACGCUUUGUUAUACCAACAGAAACAAUACGAACACUAUCAACUUCACAACAAACAUCAAAACCACGAGAAUUGCUACACUCUUUACCUGCACUGCCACUAUCCACUGACCUUUUGCCAGCACUACCACCAAAACCGCUGCCAACGACACCAUUACAAUCACGUUAAAACCCACAAUCAGUACCACCAACUACAACAGCAGCAAUAUCAUUUUCAAAACCACUAUUUAUAUAACUACCGCUUAUACUAUAAUAAUAAUAAUAAUAACUAUUGCUUUAUCUGCUGUUACUACAGUUUUUGCAAUAACGAUAGCAAAUCUCACCCCUGCAUCGACAAAUACAUCGGGAACUAUCACCGUAACGGCUCAUAUAACCGCAGCCUCAACAGCAACAAUAAAAAGAUCAACAGGGAUUACAAGUGCUACACAUACUUAUUAUUAUUAAACUAUAGGAAUUUCUAUCGUUGCAAACAGCUUCAACAAAUUUGCAAUCACCUCUACCUCCGUCUACACUUUCUUCAAUUCCGUCACAACCUCACUUACCACUACCUCCAAAACACUAUCCAAAACAGCAACAACCACAACCCAUACUGCUACCACUACAAAUACUACCAUCACAACAGCUGUUUCGAUUAUUAUUAUUAUUAUUAUUAUUAUUAUUAUUAUCAUUAUUAUUAUCAUUAUUAGUAAUAAUAAUAAUAAUUUGGGCAACUUCCUUCAUUUUGAUAGUAAUUUAUUUUUGCUAGCCUUUAUAAUUCUUGCCGCAUAUCUACCUAUCUAUCCAUCUAUCUAUCUAUCUACCUACCUAUCUAUCUAUAUAUCUGUUGGUCUGUCUCGAUCUCUCAAUCUUUUAAACUAUACAUACACAGAGUUUGAAAAUACAUUUACAAAUCUCGCCAAAUUUCUAAACACGUUUUGUAUCGCUGAUUUUUGCAUUGACUCUUGUUACGGUUCUCUGUUCAUUCUCUGCAUCUUUUUCUUUUUUCUUUUUUCUUAAUACAAUCUUAACCCACUUGUUAAAUACUAUACACUUCCCCUUCGUCUCUUCAUCAUUUUCAUCACUGCCAACGUAAAUCAUUAACAUCACAACCAUCAUUGUCCUCGUAGUAAUCAUUACAUAAUAACAACAAUAAUAAUAAUAAUAAUAAUAACUAUAAUGUAUUAAUAAUCAAUAUAAAUUAUAUACAUAUAGAUAUAUUAUAUAUAUAUAUAUAUAUUAUAUCAUAUUCAUAUAUAUAUCUCAAUUUCUUCACCAAGCAUCAAGUUGCUUACAUUUUUCUCCUUUUUCCCCCAUUCAGAUCUUCUCAGACACCUGUUAUUUUUUUUGUUGUUGUUUUUGUAAAUUUAUUUUUUUAACUUUCAUCAACUUUUAUCUUCCUUCCGUCGUCUGUCACAACUAAUUUGUUCUCAUUUCGUCUAUCUCUCUGUGUAUCUAUCUAUCUAUUAAUCGAUUUCCUCGAUUGAUCUAUUGAUCUAUCUAUUUCUCUCUUUAUCAAUCCAUCCGUAGAGUUUGUCGCCGUCUUCUUCCCACCCCAUCCACCUUACAUAAAUCACUCCCCCCCUCUCUCUCUCUCUCUCUCUCUCUCUCACUUCCUCUCUCUCUCUCUCUCUUUACUUAUAUUUUUAUAUCUUUCUAUAUAUUUCCACCGUGUUUGUGUA